UCCCGGGCUCCGGCAGCGGAGGCGGUUCCCGCCCCUGCGCAAGCCCGGGCCCCGCGGAUCCCGGUCGUUGGACCCCAGAGCAGGGUCUACGUGGUGCGCGAGGCAAGAUGUUGAGGCGCAGCUUGGAAAACCGGGAUGCUCAAACCAGACAACUGCAAAAUGCUGUCACAAAUGUGGAGAAGCAUUUUGGGGAGCUGUGCCAAAUAUUCGCUGCUUACGUGCGGAAAACUGCCAGACUGCGAGACAAAGCAGACCUCCUGGUGAAUGAAAUAAACGUGUAUGCCUCUACAGAGACCCCAAAUUUAAAGCAGGGCCUGAAAAACUUUGCUGAUGAGUUUGCCAAACUUCAGGAUUAUCGACAAGCAGAGGUUGAAAGACUUGAAGCCAAAGUAGUUGAACCAUUGAAAGCUUAUGGAACCAUUGUAAAAAUGAAACGAGAUGACCUCAAAGCAACAUUAACAGCAAGGAAUCGAGAAGCUAAACAGUUAACUCAGUUAGAAAGAACACGUCAGCGAAACCCAUCUGACCGACAUGUUAUUUCACAGGCAGAAACAGAAUUACAGAGAGCUACGAUGGAUGCUACCCGAACAACUCGUCACCUGGAGGAAACUAUUGACAAUUUUGAAAAACAGAAAAUAAAGGAUAUAAAGACAAUAUUUUCAGAAUUUAUCACUAUUGAAAUGUUAUUUCAUGGCAAAGCUUUAGAGGUCUUCACUGCUGCCUACCAAAAUAUACAAAAGAUUGAUGAAGAAGAAGAUUUAGAGGUUUUCCGAAAUUCUCUGUAUCCACCAGACUAUUCAUCUCGUUUAGAUAUUGUAAGAGCAAAUUCGAAGUCGCCUCUUCAGAGAUCUCUGUCAGCUAAGUGUGUAUCUGGAACAGGACAGGUAUCCACCUGUCGACUAAGAAAGGAUCAACAAGCAGACGAUGAUGAUGAAGAGGAUGAAGACUUAGAUGUAACAGAAGAAGAAAAUUAGUUUAUGAAGACAAAGAUGUAACAGAAGAAAAUUCAUUUUCUUCAGUAAACUUCACAUUUCCAUUUUUAUCUUAAAUGACUUGAAAUCCAAAAUCACUAAAUUGUAAAACUUUAUACUGGUUUGAUAUAUUAAACUUCAACAUGAAAUCCUACAAGAAAUGAAAAAUAAAGGAAAUUUACGCUGACAAAAAUGAAGGCUUUAAAAAACAUUAUACAGCAGUCAUUUUAACAUCCCGUCUAGCAGUGUGUUAUCUUUUUGUAUAGAUUCCAUUUUUUAAAAAAGAUUAUGUAUUUUAAAAGUAUUCCAUAUUAAUUACCUAGCUGAGGUUAUAAUAAAUGACCAAAAAGAAAAUAUUUUAACAGUACCACUCGCUUCUUUUAGGUUAGACACCAUGCUUUCAUUACCAGAAAAGAGUCCUUAGUCAUUCUGAUUAAAUACAAAAUUCUGUAAAGCCUUAAUCAAAAAAAAACUUUCCCUUUUACUUUAACCUGAAGUUUUAACUUUUAAUACAUAAAUUUACUUUUUCAACAAGAGCAUAAUCACCCUUAAUUAAAACUAAUGGGAGCCUCAGAUGUCAGUGUUCUAUAACUAUACAUAUAGCACACAUUUGAGCUUUUAAAAGGCACCUUCAGCCUGAUUCUAGUUUUAAAACUGCUUUCAUACUCAAGUUGUCAUGGUACUACUACAACUUUUGGAAAGCUGUAAUUUGGUAAAAUGUUGCUUAAGAAAACACCAUGGAAAGGCAUAAAUUAUUAAAAAUUCUAAGAAAAUUUUACCAAAUUACCACCUAAUAAAAAGAAGUGCAUACUCAGUUAUUCCUGAAAAUGUAAAACUAAUUAGAGCCUUUCAGUGCAUCUGAUGCUUUUGUUUUUUUGGAUGGGGAAUUGUACUUUGUUAUUUCAUGGAUCCCAAUCAGGCAUAUAAAAACUACGAAAUUUACAAAAUCACUUGGGAAAACUACAAAAAGCAAUCAUUCAUACCAAAAAAAUAAAGACUUUCUAGAAUGGUUUUUUGACUUUGUUAUUCAUGGUUGUUCUUAACAAAGCACUGUUUCCUGAGUGAAUAUUCCUAUGUGAUAAAAUAACUUCAGUACUUUAAAAUAUUCAAAACAUUUAAAAAUCCUAAAUAAAUUGGUAUUCUUAAGGAA